AUGUGUGAUGAAUCGGACGAAUACAUUCGGAAUGAAAGACACCACAGAGACCCACAGACACCAACAGAGACACCACAGACAAGCAACGACCCACAAGAACCCACAAGACCCACAGAACCCACAGACACCCACAGAGACCCACAGAACCCACAAGACACCACAAGACCCCACAGACACCCACAAACCCACAUACCCACAAGACCCACAGACAACCCACAGAACCCACAAACCCACAACCCACAGAGACCCACAGAACCCACAGAACCCACAGACACCCACAGAGACCCACAGACACCCACAGACACCCACAGAGACCCACAGAGACCACCACCACAGUAUACCCCACGCACCCACAGGAGACCCACAUACACCCAAAGACACCCACAGAGCCCACAGAUAACCAAUCAGAACCCACAGAGACCACAGAGUACCACAGAGACCCACAGGGAGACCACAGAUAGCCACAAGAGCCACCAGAGACCCACAGGACACCACAGACACCCACAUACACAGACAAGAAACCCCAAGACACACACAGAGACCCACAGAGACCCACAUAGACACACAGACACCCACAGAUACCCACAAAACACACAGAGACCCACAGAGACCACAGAGAACCACACAUCGACCACAGAGACCAAAGGAACUCCCAGAGACCAAAAGAGACAACAGAGAGCCACAGAGUACCACAGGACUAGCCCAAUACACCCACAGACACCGACAGACACCCAGCAGACACCAACAGAGACACCACUAGAUACCCACAAGACACACAUACACCCAUAUAGGAGAUCCCACAGACAACACAGAUGA